AAAAUCAAAGCAGACCAAAGAAGUCCUUGAAACAGGCUCUCUGAAUGGUCAUCUCUACUAACUCAUCGUGUCUCUUGUUUCUGAGAGAAGCUGAUUUACUGAUCUAAAUGGAUGCAAUACUGAAUUACAAAUUGGAUGAUAGUGAAGAUUACUACACGUUACUGGGAUGUGAUGAACUCUCUUCGGUUGAACAAAUCCUGGCAGAAUUUAAGGUCAGGGCUCUCGAAUGUCACCCUGACAAGCAUCCUGAAAACUCCAAAGCUGUGGAGACUUUUCAGAAACUGCAGAAGGCAAAAGAGAUUCUGACCAAUGAAGAGAGUCGAGCCCGCUAUGACCAUUGGAGAAGGAGCCAGAUAUCGAUGCCAUUCCAUCAGUGGGAAACUUUGACUGACUCCGUGAAAAUGUCAAUGCAUUGGGCUGUCAAAAGUAAAAAAGACCUGAUGCUGGAAGAAUCUGAGCAGACUCAGAUCAGCAAGACUAAUAAUGAAGAAUGGAGUGAGCAAAGAGAAAUAAAGAAAGAGGAACUGGGUUCAACCACAGAGAAAAUGAAGCAAAAAGCACCCGAGUCCCUGGAGAAGUCAAACUCUCCACAAAAUCCAGACUCUCCAAGUUUUUCAGAUGUGAACUCUUGGCAUCUUCGUUUCCGCUGGUCGGGGGAUGCUCCCUCAGAACUCCUGAGGAAGUUCAGAAACUAUGAAAUAUGAAAUGCCCUUGCUCCAUAGAAGAGGGAGAGCAGGAUGUUGCCUGUACUGCCAACAUGCAGUCUUCACUCACAUCUUAACAAUGUCAUGUUUAUGAAUCACUUAUGACUGACUGAUUCCUCUGUCUUUGAACCCAUUCUCACAAUGUGUUUUGUUAUUGUUGUUGUUUGUGUUUUUUUGGUGCAGGUGAUUGAACCCAUGGUCUAGGGGACUGAACCCACUCUUUACCACUGUGCUAUAUCCCCAGAUACAAAAUGUGUUCAGUGAGAAAUUUUUAGAAGACU